CGCAUGCGCACUGGAGAACUGGAAAAUCUCGCCCGUCAUCGCGAGAGCACGCGAGAGGAAGUGUUCGGUCCAUGUGAGAAAAACGUGCGAACUCGCGCUCACGGUUUUUGCGAGAAAGUUGUGCUUCGAGUUGACAAUUUUGGGUGUUUUGUUUUUUUCUUUGGUUCAGUGAAAAUGGCGACAUACCGGAAGAAAGUUGAUAAUCGGAUUCGUGUACUGAUCGAGAAUGGAGUCACGCAGCGGCAUCGUACAAUGUUUGUGAUAGUCGGAGAUCACGGUAGGGAUCAGGUUGUCAUCUUGCACCACAUGCUCUCCAAGGCCGCAGUGCGUGCACGACCCUCGGUCCUGUGGUGCUACAAGCACGAGCUUGGCUUCAGCAGUAACCGUAAGAAACGCAUGCGACAGUUACAGAAGAAGAUCAAAACCGGCACUUUGAACCUGAAACAAGAUGAUCCCUUUGAGCUGUUCGUCGCAGCUACCAGUAUCCGCUAUUGUUACUACAAUGAAACGCACAAAAUCCUGGGCAACACUUAUGGCAUGUGCGUUCUGCAAGAUUUUGAGGCUUUAACUCCCAAUUUACUGGCUCGAACCAUUGAAACAGUAGAAGGUGGUGGGAUUGUGGUCAUUUUACUAAGGACCAUGAAGUCCCUGAAGCAGCUGUACACAAUGGCAAUGGACGUCCAUUCUCGAUACAGGACAGAGGCCCAUCAGGAUGUUGUGGGACGAUUCAAUGAAAGGUUUAUACUGUCUCUUUCCUCAUGCAAGACCUGUAUAGUAACCGACGAUCAGCUCAACGUUCUCCCGGUCUCCAAACACAAUGCAAAUAUCAAACCUGUGCCAUCCAGAACGCAGGACGAUGCACCGCUGCCGCAGGAGCAGGAACUGAAGGCUCUAAAAGAAUCGAUGCAAGACACGCAGUCGGUGGGGACUUUAGUAGAGUGCUGUAAAACAAUGGAUCAAGCCAAAGCUGUGUUGAAGUUCAUCGAAGCGAUUUCAGAAAAGACCCUGCGGAGCACUGUGGCGCUCACCGCCGCCAGAGGAAGAGGAAAGUCCGCGGCACUUGGGUUGGCCAUCGCCGGGGCCAUUUCGUUCGGUUAUUCCAACGUAUUCGUUACGUCGCCCAGCCCGGACAAUCUGCACACGCUGUUCGAGUUCAUAUUUAAAGGCUUGGAUUUGCUUCACUACCAAGAACACAUGGAUUAUGAAAUCGUCCAGUCUUUGAACCCCGAGUUCAAUAAAGCCGUUGUCCGAGUUAACAUCUUCAAAGAGCAUCGCCAGACAAUUCAGUACAUCCACCCUGGAGAUGCUGUCAAGUUGGGUCAGGCCGAGUUGGUGGUGAUUGAUGAGGCUGCAGCUAUUCCUUUGCCUCUAGUAAAAAACCUGCUCGGGCCUUAUCUGGUGUUCAUGGCUUCGACGAUCAACGGGUAUGAGGGCACAGGACGCUCUCUUUCGCUCAAACUCAUUCAGCAGCUGCGCCAGCAAAGCGCAGACAGCCAGCAGAGUCUCUCGGCUGAAAACAGAGCCACGAGCACGGCCAGACUCACUUCAGCACGCUCGCUCCAUGAGGUUUCUCUCCAAGAGUCCAUUCGAUACGCUCAAGGCGAUCCCGUCGAGAAAUGGCUAAACGAACUCCUGUGUCUGGAUUGCUUGAGUGUGCCACGCAUCAUUUUAGGAUGUCCAUUACCGGAAACUUGCGAUCUCUAUUAUGUGAACCGCGACACAUUGUUCUGUUACCACAAAGCAUCCGAAGCAUUCCUGCAGCGUCUCAUGGCUCUCUACGUAGCGUCUCACUACAAGAACUCCCCAAAUGAUCUUCAGCUGCUCUCCGAUGCUCCAGCUCACCAUCUCUUCUGCUUGCUGCCUCCUGUUCCACACACGCACAACUCUCUUCCGGAGGUUCUAGCAGUCGUGCAGGUGUGUUUGGAGGGGGAGAUUUCCCAGCAAUCAAUCCUCAACAGCUUGUCCAGAGGGAAAAAGGCAUCAGGAGACCUCAUCCCUUGGACUGUGUCAGAGCAAUUUCAAGAUUCAAAGUUUGGAAGCCUCUCGGGGGCAAGAGUGGUGCGUAUCGCUGUGAACCCUGACUACCAGGGGAUGGGUUAUGGGACACGUGCUCUGCAGCUCCUGCAGCGUUACUACCAGGGACAGUUCACUCAACUGGAUGACAAGCAGCCAACUCCAGUUGCUUUCAACUCUGUCAGCAGCGAGGCCAUGAGCCUCUUAGAGGAGGUUGUGUCUCCUCGAACGGAUCUGCCACCCCUAUUGUUGAAGCUGAACGAGAGGCCUGCAGAAAGAUUGGACUACUUGGGGGUCUCAUAUGGCUUGACAACGCAGCUGCUGAAAUUCUGGAAAAAGUCUGGAUAUGUUCCAGUUUAUUUAAGACAAACGCAGAAUGAGUUGACAGGGGAGCACUCUUGUGUGAUGCUGAAAGAACUGAACACUGAGGAUUCGGCAGAACCGAGUCAGUGGCUGCCGGCGUUCUGGAAGGAUUUCCGACGGAGAUUCCUCUCUCUGCUCUCCUACCAGUUUAGCAGUUUUAGCCCGACGAUAGCCUUAAACAUACUGCAGAACAAAAACAUCAAGGACGACAACCCAACAACACUAACGGUUUCAGAAUUAGCGGCCCACUUCACCCCGUACGACCUGUCUCGUUUGGAAAUGUAUUCCCGAAACAUGGUUGACUACCACCUGAUCAUGGACAUGGUGCCUGCCCUAGCAAGGAUGUUCUUCCUCAAACAACUUGGAGAUCUUUCGCUCUCUGUCGCCCAGUCCGCUCUGCUUUUGGGAAUUGGAUUGCAGCACAAAUCUGUAGAAACUCUAGAGAAAGAGAUUAACUUACCCAGCUCGCAGCUCAUGGGCCUGUUCAACCGUCUCAUGCGUAAAGUAGUACAGCUGUUCAACACCAUCCAGGAGAAGGCGAUUGAGGCGGACAUGGUUCCCGUCAAGGACAUUAACAUGGAACCCACCGCUCAGUCGCUGCACAAAGAAUUGGACGAGGCUGCCAGAGUUUUCGAACAGAAGCACAAGGAAGACAUGAUGAAGAUUAAAGAUAUGGAUCUUUCGCAGUACAUGAUUCGAGGCGAUGAUGAGGAAUGGAACCAAGUGCUAAAGAAGGCUGGCAACACAGCGAUAGUGAGCAUCAAGAGCGAUAAGAAGCACAAAUUGGAAGAGGCAAACAAGAAAGAGGGGCUGGGAAAGAAGAUGAAGAAAACUAACAAGAAAAAGGGGAAAAUGUUAAAGAAAUCAUAAUCAGUAUUGAAAAAUUAUUGUUGAACUAUUUUGUUGUUUUUUCAUUUUUAAUAUUCUGUAGUACAUUCUGUAGUAAUGAAGUGCUAUGUCCUUGUUUUGUAAUCAAAUGUUUUUUUUAUUUAAGAAAAGACAAAAAUCUGCAAUGUCCAACAAACUAUUAUGCUUAUAUUUCUCCUGAAAAUGAUUGCCAUAAUAUCCACCAAAGUGAGCAUUGCCUUGUAUACUUUUCAAUUGCAAAUACAAAGUUGUGAAAAUUCCUGAGAAAAGUGUAUAAUUUAUAUAAAACAAAAGGGAGAAUGAGUCAACGCGUUCAGGGUUUUGUAGUGAGAGUGCAAUUAGAUAUUGACUAAUGUUCAUUUUAUAAUGCGACUUUAGGACAUUUAUUUUGUCUGUUUUUAUACUUCUGAUCUCUGGAAAUAUUUCGUGCAAUUUUAUAAUGAAAGGCGUAAUAAAAGUACUGUUUCGGA